UGUGCUCGGCAUUAAGAAGAAAAACUAGCGUCUGGAAGAUUAUGGACUUGGUUCUUCUACUUCUUCUUCGCCGUCGUCUUACCUUCCCGUCGUCUUCAACUUUUGUAAGCUUGGCAGUUUCUACCAGUAAAGGGCUUGCAUGUUACUAAUACUGUGCAUUCUGCUAACUUUUUUCUCUAUAAGACAAUCGAAGUGUUCACACCUGAUGCGGUGAUGCGCAGAGGCAUUGCUUUUAACAAGGAGACCAUUGUUAUCGAAUCUCCUGCAGCAAGUUCUUCCACACGACAGUUUUAAAAAAGAGAUUCUGCUGGACCACUCUAGUGUUGAAGAAGUAAGUUGCCAAGUAAAACUGUCCAGCUUGAGCACGUGAUUGGUCGUAUCGCUGCCGCUUGGCCAAGACAAAAAUGCGUCACUCUCAGUCUAUCAUCAGGUGUAAAAGCUCGGGAGUCGCAAUCGCGAGAUUAGAAAACAUCCUUUUGCUCCCGAGAGAAUUGAACACUGGACGGUAUUCCUUUGUACGUGUCCCUCUUCGACGCUCUGCUGCUUUCCUGCGCGUGUUGAUUGCUGCGUCUUCCUAGAUAAAGAAACAAGAUAGAACGAGAUGAACUUGAGCCCAUUAGUGUUGGGUCCUUCUCUCUGCUUCUUCCAGAGAUUUCGAUUUCGUGCAUUUCUCUUUUGCAUUUAAUAGCGCACUGCUGAGAUUCGCGCUGCUCUGUCUGAAAGCUCUAGAACAGAUCAAAGAUUUCCUGGAAGCGUGAAGAACUUGCUAGAACUAGAAAAGGAGCACUGGCUUGUGGCUUUUAGGCGGUCGUUUCUUCUCCAGCAAAAAAUGCAGAGCUGAAUCAUGGAUGCUCUUGGUCACAAGGCGUGCAAUUUUGCGGACGUCGAAUACUUUUGUCAGGAGCUGCCGCAUUACAGCGAUUGGGAAUCAAAUUCAUUUCUUCCCUUGAAUUUUCCGGAUCCUUCCUCCGUUCCAACUCUUUGUCACAAUUUGGCCAGUUCUCUUCCACAUUGCAGCAGCAGCAGCAGCAGCCUUGUCUUGGCCAACCAGGAACUCUUGAGGUCUGAAGUUCCCAACGGUUUCCAGGAUUUGGGAUUUUUUGGUAGUUUUUUAACGACUAUAGGCUCCGAGGCUAAUCACUUCACAGGAGCCACUAGCAACCACUUGACAACGCCCUCUGGGAACUGUUGGAACGCAUGCGCCGCACAGCUCCCUUAUGAAACGGCGAGCAGCUCAAUCUCAUCUGAAGGACUUGUUCUAGAUCCGGAUUCUUCCGAUGGCAACUUACCAAGACAACGUGAAGCAGCCGGUGAAGCUGACGAUUCGUAUAAGAAGCUGUCAACAAAUGCAGAAGAACAGGCUGUAAGCAGUGUCCUCGAACGCAAAGACGUCUUAGAUGGCGGCGCCGCCGAGUUUACCGAAAGGGACAAUACCGGGUACAAGACAACAGGAUUCCACGGAGGGAAGAGAGGACUACCCGCGAAGAACCUCAUGGCGGAACGAAGACGGAGGAAGAAACUCAACGAUAGGCUCUACACACUCCGCUCGAUUGUUCCCAAGAUCAGCAAGAUGGAUCGGACCUCAAUCCUGGGGGAUGCCAUUGACUAUCUGAAGGAACUGCAGCAGAGAAUAGAGACCGUCUACACCGAUCUCCAAAGUCCCGUUAUGAGCUUUGCAAGCAAGCAGAAGCUUUUGUUCGAGGAAGAGCUUCAAACCAGCGUGACGUUUCCAAUGGAGGUUGACGUUCAGACGAGCGGUGCCAAUGCUAUAAGCAUACACAUGUUUUGUGAGCAACGGCCUGGUCUGUUGCUGUCCACAAUGCGCGCUCUCGAUGGACUGGGAGUCGACGUGCAAGAGGCCGACAUCAAGUUCACGAAUGGCUUCCAACUGGAAAUUUAUGCCGAGCAAUCAACGAAAAAACUAGCUAGCCCCGAAGAGAUCAAAGCUGUGCUAAUGCACACUGCGGGCUACUUCAAUCCAGUGAUGCCGUGCUAGCUUUGCACUUCUAACAUAUAAAACCAAAACCCAAGAGCUCGAAAUCUAGCCAGCAAGCAAGAAAGUAUUCAAGUU